ACCACGCUGCGGGUGUGGGAUGUGCUUUUCAACGAGGGAGCCAAAGUGCUCUUCAGAGUCGCCCUUGCACUAUUCAAGAUAAACGAGGCAGAGCUCAUGACAGCACAGCACCUGGGCGACGUGGUGGAAAUACUCAAUCGGUCCAGCAGCAGGCACUUUGACCCCGACAUUCUCCUGCAG